AUGCGACCUUUACCCGGCAGCACCGCGUUCCCGGGGACUCCUUCCUCGAGUGACGGAGCCUCCGAUUGCCUCGCUUCCGCUUCACAGUCUACCGCCGCCCAUAUGUCUUUCAUUCUCACCGACGAAGCCACAAUAGACUCUUCACUUGCACCCCAAUACCUUCCUCUCCGGACGCGCGACCAGCGCAAACACGCCAUCCACACCGUACCUGGCGACAUCAGUGCCCCGAACCGUGAACUCGGUACUGCUUCGCCUGCAACAGCCUCUCGUUCCACGCCUACGUUGCAGCCUCGUGACAGCACGCCACCUCGAUCAGUUCCUGCGACAAACACAUCGCCGGCAAGGGUGCAUACCCCUCCACCUAUUGCAUCUCAACCCAUGACGCCAAUACUGUACGGCGUGUCUGGACCCUGUUCCGCUAUUAGCAGUUCGUCAUCCCGGCGCAACUCCUUGGUAGGGUCGCUAUCCGAAUAUCAAGAAAGCUUCGUCAUGAGCGCAUUUGGGUCUUCAGAGCCUGGUCAACCCCAGAGUUCGUACGUCGGCGAAGGCGCUCAGCAGUUCAUCAUGCCCACCAUCAACGUCCCUAGCCGGAGACCCUUCACAGAAACAGGGAAGAGUCUCGGGAGGCUCAAACUCCUCAUGGCUGGCAGGUCAGGCUUGCUACCAGGGAACGCGCUCCCGAGUGAUCCUCCCAUUGGCCAGGGAACUUUCCAGAUAACUGAGACGUUCGCCAGUACCAAGCCGUAUCCACCUUGGUGGAAGGGAUCGGUUCAAGGCAGUUUCAUGUCCAGCUCUACCAGUACCGAUGACACGAUAUUAGAUAGGAAUGUUUGUCUGGUGGACACGCCAGGUUAUCAGGAAACAUGUCGAGUGUCGCAAUACGUCGAAUCCCAUCUUCAGAAGAAUCGUCUUAACGGUUUGGAGGACUCGGAUGUCUUGAAAACGAUUGGUGGAAGCGGUGGCUUGCUCGUUGAUGCCGUGCUCUACACGAUACCCAGCUCAGGCCUUACCUCGACAGAUUUCCAGUACAUUCGUCAACUGGAGUCACUUACGAAUGUUCUUCCACUCGUCGCGCACGCUGACGUGCUGACAUCGGAGCAAAUCACGGAAAGCAAGGAGCGCAUCGCAAAGCAACUCACUGAGGCAGGCAUUAGGUUGUUCACUUUCGCUCCCCCGGCUUCCAACCGAGACGAACCAGACAUAUAUGCGAUAUCGAGCAAGUUAGGGUUGGAUCUUGAUGUCAUGGAUGCCAGUCUGCUAAUGGGUUCCGAAUACGUGCAACCUCUUGUGCCGACUGACCUCUCGCGUUUGUUGGAAAGUAUAUUCAGUGUCGAUGGGGCAACGUGGCUCCGACAUGCUGCUGCAACGAAGCUUCUGAGCUGGCGCCUCCGCCACCCCAGGACCAGUAUCAGCUCUACUGGCCUCACAUUACAUCCAGAGGGGCAUGUGGAUAGGCGACUACUUCGCACUCAGACUGGUUCUUUGACGCCUCUCGCCACAAGCCUGGUGCCGCGCUAUGCUCAUCACGAGGAGCGGUUCUGUCGAAUACAAUUCACAGACUGGGCAGCUGACUUACAACGCAGCUUAGCCAAUGAGAGGGUAGUUCAGGAGAGGACUGCGCGGGCGCAGGCAGCUACAUGGAUGGGAGAAGCGUUGCGUGGUGGGCUGGGCGAUGAGGCAAACGAGGCCAUGGCAUUGACGCGAACCCGAGGACGACGAGAUCAUCAACGGCCCUUCAACAGGAGACACAGCACAGGCUCAACUCAAAAUUGGGCGCUAGCGAGGCAUCAAGACCCCCUGGGCUUACUACAACUCAAGGCCGAUUUUAGAUGGCAGGGCUGGAACACCUUAGAGAUGGUUGGCGGCCUUGGACUUCUCGGAGGCUUGGCGUGGCUGCUCGUCUGA